AUGAACCAGGUUGUCUUUCCAGCUAUUAACCAAAGAACACAACGCAUUAUUGAAGAGCAAGCAACGCGAUUCAAUAAGCAUCACAAGAUUACACACUUCAAAGUUGGUGAUUGGGUUAUGGUAAGACUUCCGCAUAGAGAAAGCAAACUUGAGGCCGCUUAUGAUGGACCUUAUCAAGUUGUUCAAAAGAAAAGAUCUACAUAUGUGUUGAAAGACGAUAUGAAUGAACUACUACAUCGCGACUAUGUGCCAUCUGAAUUGAAGCUGGUAGCAAUCGACGAGUCUAUCAUCGAACAAGAAGUAUAUGAGGUUGACGAGAUCAGAGCGCAUCGUGGUCCUGAACACAAUAGAGAGUAUUUGGUAAAAUGGAAGACAUUUGGAGAAGCUGCCAACUCCUGGGAAACUGCUGCAUCGUUCAACAACCCUCAAACCAUUCGUAAGUACUGGGCAAAGAUCAAGGAAUAUGAGCUGCUUGAGAAGAGAAGACAGGCACUAAAUAGUGACACUGCUUCCUCCAAAUCAAAGCGUAAGCGUGAUGAUUCUGACAAGCGUUUGAGAGGCUCUAAGAGACUCAACGUUGCAGAACAGUAA